GGUCUCACUAUGUUGCUCAGCCUAGUCUCAAACUCCUGGUCUCAAGUGAUCCUCCCGCCUUGGCCUUCCCAAAGUACUGGGGAUAUCAAUCUUAUCUUUGCCUUUCUCAGGGUGGAAUUCAAGGCUUCACUUUACCUGAGGUAUUGACUUUAUCAUCAUCAUAUAAUUUCUACUGUCCCGAUGAGAAUAAAUCUGCCUUCAACUUCAGAAAAAGCACUAAGGGAUGAGGUCCACAGAGUGACUUGCAGAUCCCUGAGUCUGAGCCAGGCUUAUCUGCAGGGAGGCCUCGAACAUGCCCUGUACCCAUUUGGAGUUUGAGGACUGGCUGGCGCAACACCUGGAAUCAGUUCUUGCUUGCUCAGGUGUGUCUGCACUAACUCCCAUGUCACUGAGCAACAUGGCUCAGCCUCCAAGGAUGGUAAAGGGCAAAACCUGCAAGCAGCCAGGCAAUGGCAAUGGGUAAUCAUAAUGUUUUAUCAGGUGGAAGGUUUUAAAUGUGCCACAGAGGCCCCAUAAAAAAAUGGCUGGGACAGGUUAUCCUGGAAAUGAAGGUGGCACUGAGGAGAAUGUAGGGCAGGCUGAAGCUGCUGCCUCCCAGAAACAGAUCCAAAUGUCAAAGCAAAGUAGAAAGCAGUAAAAUUAGAGCAUGCAGAGCAUUUUAGGAAAGAAGGGAGUCUCUGUGGAAACUCACUUUAAGUAAACCUGAUCUAUAAAAAUCUAGAAAUAAGUAGAAUGGGAUGGGUGAGAGUGGUUUUUGCUUUACAAAGAGGUUUGUAACAAGAAAAGAUUUCUUUAAUAACAUUUGAAUGAAAUUGUAAAAAUUAAGUCUUCCCUUUUUGGAGGUCAUCCAUCAGAGAGGCAGGAGGAUGUCCAGAGCCUAUCUAUGCGACCUAACACCCAUCUUCACUUUCCUAUUUGCCAAAGGAAAGGACUGGGCUAAAUAUGAUUUCCAAGGUACUUUUCAUCUCAAAAUGCUCUCUCCAUUGCAUAAAAUGAGAUCAAUUUGUACAUGACAUUAAGCUUAUAUAAAGUGCUUAGUGAACCACCUAGUAAGCAGUCAGUGAAUGUACUAUGUGAGCUAAAAUUAAAGUCCAUACUAUAGCCCCGAAGGCCCUACCUGAUCUGGCCUCUGCUACCUCUCAGGACCUUAGCUCACCUCUCUACUCCUCACCCACUAUGCUCCAGUUUUAUUGGCCUUCUUUCUGUUCUUGGAACACACCAAGCUUAUUUCUACCUCAGGGCCUUUGCAUUUACUAUUUCCUCUGCCUGGAAUACUUUCCCCAGAUUUUCAGAAGCUGGCUCCUUCCUAACAUUAGACCUCAGCUUAAAUGUACUUCCUUAGAGAGGGCCUCCCUCGAGCUAAUAGAUAUUAAUAUAGAGAGAAUUCAACAGCCAGGUAAGAAUGCACAUUCUUUUGUAGUGGAUACAAGGACAUUUAUAAAAACAGAUAUGCAUUAGACCAUGUAUUUUCCUCAAUACAUUCCCAAAGAUCAGUAUGAUACAGACAAGGUUCUCCAACCAUAUUUCAAUGAAAUUAGAAAUUAAUUUGUAAAAGGUAGAUUUUUUAAAUAUUUGGAAACUGAAAAUGACUCUUAGAAAUAUUUAGAACUGGAUGAUAAUAAAAACACUACAUAUCAAAAUUGAUGGCACACAGCUAAAGCAGCACUUUAAAGGGAAAUUUAUAGCUUUAUAUACAUUUAUCAGGAAAUAAGAAAGGUUAAAAAAAAUAAGCUAAGUAUACAGCUUAACAUUAGAAAAAGGACAAUAGAACCAACUGAAAGAAACAAGAAGGAAAUAAUAACUAUUAGGGCAGAAAUCAAUAAACUGCAGAGUAACUGAAGCAACUAACAAAACUAAAACCUGGUCCUAUAAAAAGAUUAAUAAGGCGCCACUGGCCGCUGCUGCAGUGGCCUUCGCCGCCGCGCCUGCCUCUGCCGUCCGUGCACAGGAAGGACAAGCAGCCCCGGCUCUCGCCACUGAAGGGGCUCAGCCUGGCCGACAAGGAGAACACGCCCCUGAGCCUGAACGGAACCCACGUCCUGGCCAGCAAGACAGCGAGGAGGAUCUUCCAGGAGCCCGAAGAGCCGAAAACUAAAGUACCCGUCCGGAGGAUAAACCACUGCUGAGAGAAAACCCCCACCGCUUUGCUAUCUUUCCUAUCGAAUACCAUGAUAUUUGGCAAAUGUAUAAGAAAGCUGAGGCUUCCUUUUGGACGGCCAAGGAGGUGGAUCUUUCCAAGGACAUUCAGCACUGGGAAGCUCUGAAGCCUGAUGAGAAAUAUUUCAUAUCGCAUGUUCUGGCUUUCUUUGCAGCUAGUGAUGGCAUAGUAAAUGAAAACUUGGUGGAGCGAUUUAGCCAAGAAGUUCAGAUUACAGAGGCUCGCUGUUUCUAUGGCUUCCAAAUUGCCAUGGAAAACAUGCAUUCUGAAAUGUAUAGUCUCCUCAUUGAUACUUACAUUAAAGAUUCCAAAGAAAGGGAAUAUCUCUUCAAUGCCAUUUAAACGAUGCCUUGUGUCAAGAAGAAGGCAGAUUGGGCCUUGCGUUAGAUUGGGGACAAAGAGGCUACCUAUGGAGAACGUGUUGUAGCCUUUGCUGCAGUGGAAGGCAUCUUCUUUUCUGGUUCUUUUGCAUCAAUAUUCUGGCUCAAGAAACGAGGACUGAUGCCUGGCCUCACAUUUUCCAAUGAACUUAUUAGCAGAGAUGAGGGUUUACACUGUGACUUUGCCUGCCUGAUGUUCAAACACCUGGUACAUAAACCGUCGGAGCAGAGAGUAAAAGAAAUAAUUAUCAAUGCUGUUAGGAUACAGGAGGAGUUCCUCACUGACGCCUUGCCUGUGAAGCUCAUUGGGAUGAAUUGCAUGUUAAUGAAGCAGUACAUUGAAUUUGUGGCUGACAGACUUAUGCUGGAACUGGGUUUUAGCAAGGUGUUCAGAGUAGAAAAUCCAUUUGACUUUAUGGAGAAUAUUGCACUGGAAGGAAAGACUAACUUCUUUGAGAAGAGAGUAGGCGAAUAUCAGAGAAUGGGAGUGAUGUCAAGUCCAAUAGAGAAUUCUUUUACCUUGGAUGCUGGCUUCUAAAUGAACUGGAGAUGUGCCCUUAAUUUUGCUUAUUUUUCUUUGUCAUAAA